GGGCAACCGCGCCUCAAUUGUCUCUCGCCAUAGCAAUUCGAUCACGCGCCAAGGGCUCCCAUCCCAAUUCGACGCGUCUUUUUUCAGCAGAGGACGCGUCGUUACCUACCUCUUUUCUACAUUCUGAAAGCGUCAUACGGGCCUGUAGCUGAUCGAUGCCGAAGGCCAAAGGCCCGUCACAUUUGCUGCAGUUGGUGGAUUCCGACUCGGAAGACGCCAAGGGAGAGAGUUCGCUCAAGGUCGCCCAUCGUCCCGUAACAACAGAGAAAAAAAGCGUAAUGCCACCAAAGAAAGGGAGUGUCGGCCGCAAGGCUGCAAACAAAGUAACCAAGCCCGCGUCGAAGAAAACGGCCUCGGGAAGUCGAGUCAGGAGUGACCGAAUUGCCGCUGCGGCCGACGAAGCCGCAGAGGGAGCGACUGGGAAGGGGCCAGGUCGCCGAGGGCGCAAAGCCGCGGCGGCCACCGCUGGGCCAGAACAUGGAGACCAAGAUGACACGACCAUGACAGAUGCGCCCGAAACAACCGAGUCGCCUCCACCAGCGAAGCCGAAGGGUGCCCGUGGCCGCCCCAAGAAGGCGGCUUUGGAAGCCGAACCACAGCCCACCGGGGCGCGGCGGGGAAGAAAGCCAACAGCAAAGACGGCCGAGCGAGACACGACAGCAGAGGAAGUAUCAGAGAUCCCCGAGACACAGCAACCGACCGCGCCGCAGAGUGACAGCGACGCUGGGCGCGACGAUUCGGCGGAGACGCCCGGCUCGCAGACCCCAGAACGGCCAAGGCCGGGUGGUGGCGGCGCCCCUCCCCCCGGCAGCGCGUUGAAGAAGGCUGUAAACUCCCUGUCCCCGGAAAAGGGCGAUCCCGCAUUGCGUCGGCGGCUCGGAGAGAUGACACAGAAAUACGAAGCCCUCGAGCGUAAAUACAAAGACUUGAAGGAGAUUGCGGUACGAGAAGCAGAACGCAACUUUGAUAGGCUCAGGAAACAGUCCGAGGAGAAAUCAAAAGCCGCCGACCAACUCAUCGCAGGCCUCAAAGCUGAGCUUGCCGCCCAGAAAGAAGCCUCCAAAGAGAGCGCACGCCUCAAGAAGCAGCUCGAAGCGAGCGAAUCAAAAGCCGACUCCCUCCAAACCAAAAUCACCGAGCUGACCGCCUCCCUGAACGACUCCAAAUCGGAGAUCAAAUCCCUCAACCUCAAACUGUCCGCGGCGCGCAGCGCAGAAGCAGCUGCGUCCGCAGCCGCCAAGGUGCCCGGGAGCGCGAUGAAGGGCUCAACCGCCACCUCGCGCCUCGCGGCCGCCAACGCCACCGAGGCCACGCUCACGGCACAGAAGAAAGAGGACCUCUACAGUGACCUGACGGGCUUGAUUGUGCGCAGCGUGAAGCGAGAUGGCGGCGAGGACGUGUUUGACUGUAUCCAGACCGGGAAAAACGGGACACUCCACUUCAAGCUCGCAAUCGACGUUCAAUCCGGGCAAGGCGAGGCACACUGCCACUACACGCCACAGCUGGAUCCUAAUCGAGAUAGGGCGUUGAUCGCCGUUUUACCGGGGUACCUCGUCGACGAGAUCUCGUUCCCACAGACACAGGCGGGCAAAUUCUAUGCCAGGGUCCUCAAAGCGUUGAACGAGGCGGCGGAGGGUUGACUUGAAAAUGUCUUUCUCCAUCUACCUGGCGCCGGGCGUGGUCCAGGGAGUGGGCUGUUGUUCGAAGGGGAAGAUAUUGGUUUUUGUUUUUGUUUAAGUCGUUAACAUUGUAGAGGUUGCAUGGGUCACUGGCGUCUUGUAUAACCCGCGCUUGAAAUC